AUAAUUCAGCGCUCUUUAAUUAUUUUAAUGUCACACUUUACCACAAGAGAAAAAAACAUUUAGACGCGAUAGAGCGUCCAUGGCUAUUGACAAUAAGUACUUAGACGCCGUGAUAAUUGUAAACAGAUCUAUUGGUGGCGAGCCGGUUAUUGCAAAGCAUAUAAAUGAUUAUAUUGAUAAUACGUGAUAAACAAUUUUAUUAUUAGCAUGGAAAAUCAAAACGAUAAAAGUAUGGAACGUCGCGAAAUUGUGAAAUUAGUUCUCAAAACAAAAUUUUUUGAGGUUGACAAGCAAAAAUUGAUCAAUAACAGUCGUUAUUUUGCUGCGCUUCUUUCAGCAAAUUACAUGGAGUUUCAUCAAUCAGAACAUAUUAUUAAUUAUGAAAUUCCUGUUCUUUCGUUCGAGGAUUUUAUUAAUUGGAUCCAUGAGAAAUCGCUGAUGUCUACUAUCAAUGCUGAAAACUCGUUCGAAGUUGAACGUUUUCUAAUCUUGUUGGAAUUAGGUGUUCUAUUUGCAGUUGAUGAUUUAAUAGAGAAUGUAACAAACAGGCUUGAAACACACUACUUAUUGCCAAGGCAUGCAAUAGAUAUUUGGUUGUUAGCACAAGAUUUGAGCCUUAAUCUAUUGCGAGAUGUAUCUUUAUCCGUUUGUUUAGAUUGUUUUACAGAAUUACCAUACAAUUCACUCUAUAAGCUGUCCAAGCAAAAUUUUUUAAAAUUAGUUGGAAACAUUAAUGUAAGAUCUACAGAGCCUUAUUUGGUUCAUGUUAUACAUGAGUGGAUGAAGCUUCAUCAAGAUAUAAUUCCAUUGGAUAUUUUGAAGAAUAAACAACCAAAAAUUUUACACAGUAUUAUAUCCUGUGAAAGUAUAGAUGUUAUUAAUAAUAAACUUUAUCUUCACUGUUGGGAUGGUAAACAUUUUUUUGAACUUACUACAUUUGAGCAUCCCGAAGAACUUUUGGAUUUUACCAAUGACAGUGGAAAUAGUAAUACAUUGUCAGGCAUGCAGAUCAUUGCUAGAGGAUUUAAUUUAUAUCUUAGUGGCGGAGAGUUUGGUAUUGGUUCAGGAAAGUUUAACACAAAAGUAUGGCGUUACUCUUUGUUAUCUAAAAAAUGGUUUGUUCAGACAGUUAUGCCUUGUUCAAGAAGGCAUAUGGUCGCUGCAUUUUUGAAAAAUAAAUUGAUGCUUGUGGGUGGUGUAGGACAAUAUCGAAAAAAACUGGACAGCGUUGACAUCUAUAAUGUACAUACAGGCAAGUGGAGUACAGGUGCAAAAAUACCUACGGUCUUCAAUAGUGCCCUACAGCAUCUUAUUUUUAAUGGAAAACUAAUCAUAUAUGAUAUUUCAACUUUUCUUUGUGUAUAUUGUCCUAAUCAAGAUACGUGGACAUAUAUAGAAACGAUACAUGAUUCGACAAUAAGAUUACGAUUGAAUAUGAUACUUUCUGAACCUUUCGAAUUUAUACCACUGUUAGUGCUUAAGAUUGCUCCAUGUUAUAUUGAUGCCACCAAGGAAGACGAAUUAUUUUUAAGAAGUAUUACAGAGGUAUGCGAUACAGCAUGCUGUCACAAGAUAUGCAAUAAAAGCAAGAGAGUUGCAUUCGCCGAUUUUCCAUGGGAACCUACACGUUUCAAAAAAAUUAUUUCGGAUUUGUUCUAUGUAGGAUUAGCACAUCAGAUAUGCGAAAGACAGGAAAAAAGUAUAAUAAUAGGUUGGGAUGAGAAUGACAAAUCUGAUAAGUUUUACUUGCAGACCGUGCCCAUACGAAAUCAAUAUAAGUUCACUUCCUUUCGAUUUUCCCACUCAUACAAAAGUUUUUUUAAGAUAAUGGAUCCAGCAGAGUUGCAUACUCAAUCAAUGAACUUAGAUUUAAUGUAAUUUAAUUCUAAACGCAUUCAGUACAAACGUCCAUGUAACGAACAUAAAAGUGAGUGUAAAAAAUUUGCAUAAAAGUUCAGAGAAAUGUAAACAUUGUAGAGAUACUACAGAGAAAAGUAAUUGUAUCUAUACAUCUUUCAAAAAAGAUAACAAAUUAGCUUUAUUUAUAUUCAAAAAGAUUUUCGUUGUUGUUUUCACCGAUUAUUACAUUCAAAUCGUUACAAAUAUUACAAAAUAUGUACAACUUUAUGAUAGCAUAAGUUUUGUAGAAACACAUGUUAUCUAAUGUAUAUAAAUUUUUUAUAAAAUAUUUUUUGUUUUACUUCUAGUUUUUA